UCCUAUUCAUGUGUUUCUCUCUCUACAGAGAUCUCUCACUUCUCUCUCUUCACAAACAAUGUCACUACGACGCUCUUUUCUGGCAAGAAGAAUCAAUCAUCGUUCAUUCACACUUUCAAAAUCCUUCAAAGAAUUCAAAUUUUCAGAAAAUCGAACAGUUGUUAAUUGUAAUAUUAAUGACGAUAACGACGAAAAAAAGGGCGAAGAAAACGGCGAAUUCAGGCAACAGAACGGCGUCGUUGAAGAAUUGGGUCCGAGUGGAUCGGGUACUUUGAACCCGGAUUCGUGGGCGAAUAUGCUGCCGGAGAUACUGGGAGACAUUAUACAGAGGGUGGAAGAAAGUGAAGACAAAUGGCCGCAACGUCAAAACGUCGUCGCAUGCGGCUGUGUUUGCAAGCAGUGGAGAAAUGUAACAAAAGACGUAGUGGAGAAGGCCUCUGUUAAUCAAGCUGGCAAUAUCACCUUCCCUCCUUCCCUAAAAAAGCCAGGGCCACGGGACUCUCCGCAUCAAUGUCUUGUAAAACGUGACAAGAAGAGCGGGACAUUUUACCUUUAUCUUGCUUUCUCACCUUCAUUUCUGGACGAAGGCAAGUUUCUCUUGGCAGCACGAAGAUACAGGAACGGUACUCACAUUGAGUACAUUAUAUCAAUUGAUGCAAAUGAUCUCUCUCAACGAAGUAAUUCAUAUGUUGGGAAAUUGAGGUCAGAUUUCCUCGGUACUAAUUUCACAAUCUAUGAUAGCCAACCACCGCAUGGUGGAGCUAAGCCGUUGAGCAGCAGAGUUGAUCGCCGUUUAUCAAGCAAUCAGAUAAGUCCCCAAGUUUCAGCUGCUAACUUUGAAAUUGGGCAGGUGUCCUAUAAGUUCAAUCUCUUGAAGUCUAGAGGUCCAAGGAGGAUGAUCUGCUCAGUUAUGUGCCCAUCUUCAGAUGGAACAACAUCAGUCGCCAACUCUCGAGAUGAUUUGAUAAUGAAGAGCCCCGAAUCCAAUGAUCCCGGUUACACCAUUUUGAAAAACAAAGCUCCAAGGUGGCACGAACAAUUGGAGUGUUGGUGCUUGAAUUUUCAUGGUCGGGUCACUGUUGCAUCAGUUAAGAAUUUUCAACUGGUAGCGAUUGUGGAUCAAAGUCGACCUGGUGGAAAGGGCGACGAGGAAACAGUGCUCCUCCAAUUCGGGAAGGUUGCAGAUGAUACUUUCACGAUGGAUUAUAGGCAGCCUCUUUCUGCUUUUCAGGCAUUCGCUAUCUGCUUAACAAGUUUUGGGACAAAACUGGCUUGUGAGUAACUUAUUUCCAAGUUCGCCUGUGCUUAAGAUGAGAUCCUGCUUUUGCCUUCUUAUAGAGGGUAUCUGUGUGCUGAUUUUUCCAAUUUAAUGGAAAUAUGCUAUGUACAUGCUUAUCAUUGUAUGAAUUGUUGCAUUAUUUCGUUUUGGAAGUGAUGAUUAAAAAAAAUGCACAAUUACUGGAUUGAGGAUUGCUGGCGUGAAAUUCUACAUAUUUAAAUGUUUUACUAUAAUAAACCUGUCAUUUUUUAUGAACAGCUGAUCUGCCAUUAUGUAAAAAAAAUAUUUUUAUUUUA